AUGCUAUGCGAGGUUUUGGAGCGCAUUGUGACGCAAAUCCUACGGCGGGCGCGUAUCCCUCUAACGGCCAAACGGAUCUCUGAUGCUUUGGGAGGUGUCGUAUCGGUUGAAAACAUCACUGCGGUUUGUCUGAAACUCGUGGCGGAGGGUGUUUUGGCGAAGUGGGGUGAUGAAGCCUAUUCUGUAAAAUUCUUGAGCCGUCUGGUGCCCCGCAACCUUCUUAUCACGGAAGAAUAUCAGGCGCUUGGCAUGACACUGCUCCGCGUUGCGGAAAAUACGCUGGUGCAUUACAUUCCACAAGAAGCAGAGCACCGUUUCUUUGAGGUCCGCAGAUCGACGGUUAGUGAGAAGGCCGGUCUUGGACUCUUCCUCCGCUCGUCAAGGGCGUUGCCGCAGGGUGCCGUGAUUUGUGAGUAUGUUGGCCGGAUGUUACACCGCCCGCCGAAGAAAACCAAUCAGAGUGUCUACAUUGUGAAGCUGCGAAAUGUGCCUGCCUACGUGGAUGGCGUGGACGAGAACGGCGAGCAUCUCUCGUUAGCGACUUUCAUCAACGACAACGGGCCUGCUGCCGCCAAUGUUGAAAUGAGGGAAUACGACAUGCACUCGGGUCGCGUGUUUGUUGUCGCGAGCCGAGACCUUGUACCAGGCGAGGAGGUGUUGUGUACUUACGGUUCGAGGUACUGGGGUUACUCCUCCUAUGACGAGAUUGUGCGCAAUUUGAAUGGCUUGUCUCGAAAACGAAAACGCCAGCGCGAUCAUGACUUUGACGAGGGCGAUGAAGAAGACUUUGGCGAUUUUCUCUUCCCCUGCAGGCGGUGCGGAGAACAGCUUCCCAGGCGGCUGAUGUCGCUUCACCACCGUACUUGUGGUGAUCACCUGGUCAAUCAAAAGUUGCUUCAUUUAAACUGUUUGCCCCUCAACGACUUCACGGCGAUGGAAAACAGGAGCAAAGUGCUGCCGACUGGGCGUCUACGGGCGUUGCGGCGAGCGAAGCACUUCGUUGACUUGGGGGACCCCCAAACCUUUGCGCUUUCUCAUGAGGAUGUCGUUGGUGAUCUUGUUUUCUCAUGGUGUGCAGCCUAA